AUGGAUAUUGAGGAUGAAAAUCAUGCUAAGAACAUCAGUCAAUGGCUGGAGGAUAACGCGUUGUCUGCAGACUCAGAGUACAAGCAAAUGUCGAGUGACCUUGAAGACUCCACCAUGAGAUUUCACAAUAACCAAGACCAAAAUGAGCCAGGCCAAGAGGAAGCGUAUGGGAAAAUGCAACAAGAGGCAUACAAUGCGCAUGCCGCCCAGAUAGACGACUUCAUCGAUAUUGAAGGGUUGGAAGGCGGUGACAAUAAUGCGCUUGCCUACAAUGAUAUGCUGCCUACAACGUCUGAUCUCAACUUCACCCCACUGUUGUCUCCCAAUGCAAGUUCAAUUCUAACGCCUUCACUUCCAAGCCAAACUUAUUCUUUCACACCCCUGACGUCUCCUAUGAUCGACGCUAUUCCAAAUCUACGCACCAAGAGAACAAGCGUGGAGAGCGACCAUAAAUAUACUGGACAUAAGGACUCGUUGCGAUCUAGUAGAGGAACUGAUAUUCCGCCUCCAAUGAAAAAAACGAAAACUCCAAGUUCCACGCCAGCAUUUGGUCCUGUGACUUCACGUAGGAGCUCACCUCUUUUGCAGCCUAAGAAGGGUUCCAAUAACACUACUCCUGUGCUGAUAAGCAACAACAACAGCUCGUUCAAUCAAGAUUUUGCUCUCCCGGAAUCCUCCCUACCUGGUCCUGUCACUCCUUUAGAUUUGAUGGGUUUCAAAGUUCAGAAACAACAAUCUGAAGAUAAAGGAAAAUCCAAAUCUGCAGAUAAGAAGGCUACUCAUAAGCUUGCUGAACAAGGAAGAAGAAAUAGAAUGAAUAACGCAAUUCAAGAGUUGGAUGCGAUACUCCCACUAGAAAUGCGCAAAUAUGUCACCACUCCCUCCAAGGCUACAACUGUGGAACUUGCAUGUCAGUACAUUCAAUCUCUUCUGGAAAGAAUUGGAGAACUAGAAAAACCGCCCCAAAGCUCACCGAACGAUAAGACUACUAAUGAUUCCACAUUGCCUGCCAAUGCAUCUCCUGAAGAUCAGGCAGACAAUAAUUACAACCCAGCAAACGACACAGACUCAAUUAGUCCAUUAGAGUUUGAAAAGUGA